AUGAGUCGUUCGGAUCUGUGCGAACACUUUCAAAAUUAUCACGAAAGUCACCAUGAACUAGAUACAGUUGUGUUCAGAACUAAAAAUGAUUUUGAGGCAUGGUUCUCACAGAGGCAAGAAGACACAGGAUCAACUCUCACAACCCGAACAUCUACUACAGAUGGCAAAAGAAAAGUGACUUUAAUGAAUUGUAUUCACGAGGGAUCCCAUGAGCCAAAAGUAGUGCAAGGGCUGAAGCACGUGUUUUCAGCUCGACCAUUCGGUGUAAUUUGUGCAAACACCGUCACGCGCAAAUGCAGACAUUUUUGCACGCGCUGCGGUGAAAUUCCUCUGGGGGAAUUAAAAUAUUUGUUCCCGCCUUUUUGAAAAUUUUCGAGGCGUUGGUCGAGCUGAAUACACGUGCUGAAGAAAGGGCAUUCCAGCAAGAAAGUCACUGGUAGUGCAGUGUGCACGGCAUUUUUAAAGUUGGUGCAGCUAGACCAGAAGUUUACGGUCGAGGCGUGCUUUCAGCAUUACGGUCACGAAAUCAAGGUGGCAGAUUUGAGUUUGACCUCUAAUCAGAAGAUGGAAAUUUCCGCUCUGGCAUCUAAGGGCUUGUCUAAUAAUGCAAUUAUUGAGGAACUGAAAAAGAGUUCGGACGAAUUAUCAAAACUUUUCUAUCUUUUGCCGCAAGAUAUCAGAAAUCUAAGAAAUUCGUUGAAUUUGAACGAGGAACAGUUGGAUAGGGACGAUUUGGAAUCAGUGAAAAAGAGAGUUAUGCUGGGGGAUCCCGCCGACGGGUUCCGUCAUUUCACGCUUCCAGACGAAAAUGGAUUGAACUUCACUCUAGUUGUAAUCACACCACAGCACAUGGAAAAUUUGAAGAAGUACUCUCACAAAAUGGUUUUAUUGGAUGACACACACAAUGUGAGCCGGUACGGAUUGAAACUCACGACCAUUACUGUAAUCGAUAAUUUUGAUAGAGGAGAUCCAGCAGGUUUCUUGUUAUCCAGCUCGACAACAUCAUCAGAAAUCGCAAUUUUUUUGGAGAAAUCAAAAAAUUACUGCCAGAGUUCCAACCGGCAUAUUUCAUGACUGAUGAAGCGAAUUGCUUCUGGAACGGGUUUUCAGAUGUUUUUGACAACACCCGCACCCACAAAGUAAUUUGUAGGUGGCAUGUUUUGCACAUGGCCCCUGCGUUGAAAAUUCGUAAAAAGGCAGAGAAAGAGAAUACGCCAACCGCAACAGUACGCUGAUUGCCUAAAAGGAAUCUUCACAACUGCAGUAUCUGUGGAUUGCGAGACCCUGCACUUGAUCCGGAUACUCACCCAGAACAGCAUGAGAGCCGAAUUACUGAUUGGAAGAGAUGUAUUUUGUGUAAAAAUCCGGCGCAUUACGAUUGCACACUAAUUGUAAAUGAUAAAUGCCCAUGCUCCAACAAUUCUAAAUUCGAGCUUUAUCCGUCUAAUUUUCAGAUUGAAUUCGAUUCCGAUGAAUCGUCGGACUCGUAACU